AUGGGGCACAUAGAAUCCAAAGAGCGAAAAUUAUUUAUUGAAAUCUUGCUUCAUAUGUGUCUUCUCGUUCCAGAGAAGGUGACUGUUGAUGCUUUUGCUCUUUGGAAUAUUAUUCGGGAUGUUUUAGAUCCCCAAUCUGAGGUAUCUAAGUUAAGUCAGACUUUAUUUUCUUCACAUAAAAGGGAUCCUGAUGAAAGGACACCCCUUUCUCCUAAACCUAAUAGCGGAUCAUUGGCCCCACCAUUGGUAACAACAAUAAGAAAUGAUGAUGAAGAUGAUUGGCUGGAUCCUGAGGAUCAACAGAAAUUAGAGGAUGAGGAGGAAAGAUAUGAGAAAGAAAGAGAGGAAAGGGGAGAUGGACCAUUUAAUGCAUCCAACUUUGGAGCUACAGGGUAUACACCCUCUUUAACAGGUAUAAUGGGUCUGCCCUCUGGGAAACCCCCAUCUAUUCUACCUCCUCCUUUAAAUCACCCUCCUUAUCAUUCUACCUCAGAAGGUCAAAGACACCUGAUAAGAAAAACUGGAAAUAUCAGUGAUUUUAUCAGACAGUGCGCUGACAUUGGACCUGCAUAUGUGCAGGGCGUUACUAUGGCAGCCACACUCAAGGGUGAAACUUAUUCUCAAUUUUUACAAGGAGUCGGACAGGGUCCAAAAGGGCAAAAGGAACAGAUACUUGAAAAUAAAGGUGCUUGUUUCUCUUGUGGUCUAACAGAACACUUUAGUAAAUUCUGCCCUCAGGGUAAUCAACAACCUUAUGCUCCUGUGCUUCCUGGCCGUCCUGCUCCUGCAGCACCUGUUGCUCCAGUUAUGCCAGGACCAAAAACUAUUUGCCCUAGAUAUCAAAAAGGCUUUCAUUGGGCACCAGGAAAGUGGAGUGGGAGAAAUCCACCUACGGCUGAAAAGGUUUCAUAUAGACAACUCUCCAAGGAGAAAGAGAGGAAAAACAUCCUGGUCCCCUAGGAGGUCUUCCUCUCCUCCAAGGGAUCCUCAACUAUCUCUGAGAUGAUGAGGUCGAGCCCCGAGAACCAACCCUCACACAGGACCACCACCGAUAAUCAUCCCACUGUCGCCAGCUGUCAGUCCAUCAAGAUCUAGACCCCUCGUAGAGCCUGAUCGACGCAACAAUCCAGGGGUCCGACUUGGGGAGAUAUCAAGAAGCUGACUGCUGAUGCCCAAAGCCUCGUUCUGUCUCAGGACCAGAAUCCAAGCUUAAGUGUUUUUUAUUUGUUGCCUUUUUAUCUAUUCUGUCUAUUAAUUCCGCUCAGUCAUCUUCAGACUUUUAAAACAGUCUAUUACUAAGGUUUCUACUGAACUUCAUACCUUCAUUCUAAAAAA